UGCAGCAUUCGGUCUUUGCUCUCCGUUGUGACUAGAGGUCUUAAAUUAAAAAUUGUAUUAUACUAACAUAAAAAUCGACCAUGGAAUGGCUCUUGUUAUUAUGUGUGGCACUUAGCCUGAGUUUAGCAAGAGCUAAUUCCAGCUAUGACUACUUCCGCCUACCCACGGCGCUUCGACCCCAAAAGUACGACUUGCGGAUCUUGACAAUAAUGGAAAAUGUUGAAGAUCUUCGCUUUAAUGGAACUGUAAAAAUUCAAAUCGAAGCCCUGCAAAAUACCAAAAACAUAACGCUCCACUCGAAGGAUCUGACCAUCGAUGAGUCGCAGAUCACUCUUCGCCAAAUAAGCGACGAAGGGAGUCCUGAGAACUGCAUAACCUCUACAGAAGUAAAUCCCACCCACGACUUUUAUAUCCUCAACACCUGUCAAGAACUUUUGCCUGGCCAUAUCUACGAGUUGAAUUUGCCCUUCUCAGCCAAGUUACAAGAACAACUGGCGGGAUACUACCGAAGUUCUUACGUGGAUCCUGUGGCCAAUGAGACGCGAUGGAUCUCCAUUACCCAAUUUGAGCCGGCCUCGGCUCGAUUGGCGUUUCCCUGCUUCGAUGAACCUGGCUAUAAGGCACCCUUUGUGAUCACCUUGGGCUAUCACAAGAAGUUCACGGGUCUCAGCAACAUGCCUGUGAAGGAAACUAAGCCACAUGAAUCGCUUCCCGAUUACGUAUGGACCGAAUUCCAGGAGUCACUGCCAAUGUCCACCUACCUGGUGGCAUAUACCGUCAACGACUUCUCCUUCAAGCCAUCAACUUUACCGAGUGGCACACUCUUCCGCACUUGGGCAAGACCGAAUGCCAUCGAUCAGUGUGAUUAUGCCGCAGAGUUUGGACCGAAAGUUCUCCAAUACUAUGAGGAACUGUUCGGCAUAAAGUUUCCGCUUCCGAAGGUCGAUCAGAUCGCAGUGCCCGACUUUAGUUCGGGUGCCAUGGAGAAUUGGGGUCUGGUCACCUACACGGAGGGUGCUCUUCUGUACUCCGCAGAGUAUUCCUCGCAGGGGGACAAACAGGAUCUGGCGAAUACAGUUGCUCAUGAGUUGGCCCAUCAGUGGUUCGGAAAUCUGGUCACAAUGAAUUGGUGGACUGAUAUCUGGCUCAACGAGGGAUUCGCCACUUAUGUGGCAAGUUUGGGCAUGGAAAACGUCCAUCCGGAAUGGCGUUCCAUGCAGUUCCAGUCGGUGUCAAACAUGCUAACCAUUUUCCAAAAGGACUCCCUGGAAAGUAGUCAUCCCAUUUCGAGACCCAUAGAAGUGGUAUCGCAGAUUUCUGAGAGUUUCGAUGAGAUCUCGUACGAGAAGGGAUCCUCAGUGGUGCGCAUGAUGCACUUGUUCCUGGGGGAGGAGUCAUUCCGGACCGGUCUGAAAUCCUAUCUAGAAAAGUAUGCUUAUAAGAACGCGGAACAGGAAAAUCUUUGGGAAUCACUUACUGAAGCUGCCCAUAAAACUGGUGCUCUGCCAAAAGACUAUACCAUUAAGAGCAUCAUGGACUCGUGGACUCUGCAAACGGGGUAUCCCGUGAUCAAUGUAACCCGUAACUAUACGGCAAGGACAGCUGAACUCACCCAGGAGCGCUACCUUCUUAAUACCAAUAUAUCCAGAAAACAUCGGGAUGGGUGCUGGUGGGUGCCACUGAGCUACACGACCCAGGAGGAAAGGGACUUCAACAACACGUCACCCAAGGCAUGGAUGGAGUGCAACGAGACUGGCGACAGUCUGCCAAGAACGAUCAAGGAUCUGCCUGGACCCGAUCAGUGGGUGAUUUUUAACAACCAGCUGUCAUCCCCUUACAAGGUCAACUACGAUGCUCAAAACUGGAAGCUUCUGAUCGAGACUUUUAAUAGCGAUGAGUACCAGACCAUCCAUGUGGUCAAUAGGGCUCAGCUUAUAGACGACGUCUUGUACUUCGCUUGGACGGGAGAGCAGCAGUACGAUGUCGCACUACAAGUAAUUAGUUAUUUGCACAGGGAGCGGGAGCUUCUUCCCUGGAAAGCGGCCUUUGAUAAUCUAAGGUCUAUUAAUGUCAUCUUCCGACAGAUGCCGAACUUUCGGUCGUUAAAGGGCUACAUAAGGAAGCUGAUAACCCCGAUAUAUGAGCAUCUGAAUGGCAUUAAUGAUACAGAUUUUUCGAUCCAACACCCAGAUCAGAUCCUUCUGAGGUCGAUGGUGGCGAACUGGGCCUGCACGUACCAGAUUUCCGAUUGCGAAUCCCAGUCGCUGUCUUACUUCCGAAAAUGGCGAUCGGAUGUUAAUCCCGACGAGAAUAAUCCAGUGCCGAUCAGCUUCCGUAGCGUUGUGUACUGCACUUCUAUUAAACGUGGUAGUGACGAGGAUUGGGAGUUCCUAUGGACGCGGUAUCAGAAGGCGAAUGUGGCCAACGAAAAGGAGACCAUAAUGGAUUCCCUGGCUUGUUCGCUGGAGGUGUGGCAGCUGCAGCGGUAUUUGGAGAUAAACUUUGACCCGAAGGGAGAAAUUCGGAAGCAGGAUUCAGCCUCGGUCUUCCAGUCAAUUGCCUCCAAUAAGAUCGGCUUUCUGUUGGCCAAGAAGUACCUAAUGGACAACGUGGUCUCAAUUUCCAAGUUCUACCAUCCUCAAUAUGAGUAUAUGGCUGAACUUCUGCCGCCGCUUUCCGAUCAAAUCUUCACCCGGAAAGACUACAAUGAGUUUAAAACCUUUAUCAGCAAGUCUAAGGAGCAGCUCAAGGAUAUAGAACAGGCAACCAAUCAAUCAUUGGAGAUAAUUCUGACCAACGUGCAGUGGAAGGAGCGAAACUAUCAGAAGUUCACUAGUGCCCUCCAAAAGUUCCUAUAGUUAACAUUGUUAAUAAAUUAAAAACUAAAAUAAUUUGUCCAUUAUAUAAAAAAAAAAUUUGGCAAAAUAAAAAUUGAUUACAUUUUUACAACCUUA